CAGUGAAGCAAAUUGCCAUUCGGAGGAGAUUCACUGUUGAUUCCCCGGCCUAAAGGGGAGCUUUCGGCGACGAGACAUGAACAGCUUGAGGCUGAAACUGAAGGCUAACGCCGACCCAGAAGCGUCAACCUCGAAGCCUCUCGAGUUUGAUCCCAGCGAAAGCGUGAAGAAAGGAGAAAGCUUCGAUCUUGGGCAUGGGAGCGAGGUCUUUCACGUGCCCCGCUUCUUCCCGGCGGACCAGUCGUGGGCAUGGUUCGAUUACAUCAACAAGCACGUCCCUUGGUCCAGACCCACUCUCCGCAUCUUCGGUCGCCGUCUCGUCCAGCCCAGAGAUUCUUGUUAUAUUGCGGCGGAAGGGUUGCCGGCAAUUAGUUAUAACGGGCACACGCCUCGUGCUUAUUCUUGGGGCGAUUUUCCUCCACUCAAGGACAUCUUGGAUGCAGUCCAUAAAGCUCUUCCUGGAAGUAGAUUUAAUAGCUUGGUACUAAACCGAUACGAUGGUAACAAUGACUAUGUGUCUUGGCAUUCUGAUGACGAGAUGCUUUAUGGACCGACCCCAGAAAUUGCCUCAGUUACCUUUGGAUGUGAGCGUGAAUUUUUGCUAAGGAAAAAACCCAGUAAAAUGUCUCGAGCAUCUGAUGAUGAGCCUAAGAGCAAGCGACUAAGGAAGAGCCAUGACCCUGAUCAGCACUCUUUCGUGCUAAAACAUGGAUCGCUGCUUGUAAUGAGAGGCUACACUCAGCGGGAUUGGCUUCACUCGGUUCCAAAGCGAGUGAAACCGAUGUCUAUUCGAAUCAAUCUCACCUUCAGAUGUGUCCUGCCGUAGCUCUGCCACCAAGCACAUAAUCAUUUUUCUCUGCUCCUGUUAGUUAUGUUGGGUUUGCAGUCAACAAGUUUUGAGAGAGCAACUGUCUAUGGCAACUGCUUCUAUAUGUGCAAAGUGCGAAGGAAGUCGAACCAGAGCACCAUGUGUUUAUAGGUUUCAACCUACAGGUGUUAAAUUGACUUAGGUUGCUCUGUUUUCAUUUUGGCUAAUAUUAAGAACUUGAAGUUGUGAUUUUUUUUU